UUUAAGUUGGGGGUGGGCUGCAAGGGGGGGGUCUUUGACAAAGCUGUGUCCUUCUGUCCCCCCUCCCUGCAGAGCCCGGCCCCUCGCCACCAGCAGGAGUCAGAGAAGUCCCUGAUGGCCUCGGAGCGUGGCCACCACUGUCCCCCAGCCUUUAGCCCAAAGGAGGAGGACACAAAGAGGUCCACCCUGUCCUUGGAGCGUGGCCACCACCAUCCCCAAGCCCUUCGCCCCCAGCAGGAUGACACCAAGGGGUCCCUAAUGUCCUCGGAGCAGGGUCCCCACCUUCCCCUGGCCCUUUGCCCACAGGAGGGGGACACAGAGGGGUCCUCAGAGCGUGGCCACCGCCGUCCCCCAGCCCUUCGCCCGCAGGAGGACACAUCUCCAGUGUCCUCAGAGUGUGGCUGCCACCGUCCUCCAGCCCUUCGCCUACAGAAGGAGGACACAGAGGGGUCCCCAAUAUCCUUGGAGCAGGGUCCCCGCCUUCCCCGGGCCCUUCCCCCACAGGAGGACACGUCCCCGAUGUCCUCAGAGCAGGGCCAAGACCUUUGCCCCCAGCAGGAUGCCACCAAGGGGUCCCCAAUGUCCUCGGAGCGGGGCCAUUGCCGUCCCUCGGCCGAGAGGUCCUGGGAGGGGGUGACGGAGCCACCCCGUUGUCCCCGGGGCCGCCGGUGGGUGCCUCCGUGCCACGGCGGGGGCGCGGGUACGGAGCUGCGGCGGUUGCGGUUCCGUCAGUUCCGGUACCAGGAGGCGUCGGGGCCGCGGGACGUGUGGCGGCGGCUGCGGGAGCUGUCGCGGGGGUGGCUGCGCCCCGAGGUGAGGAGCAAGGAGCAGAUCAUGGAGCUGCUGGUGCUGGAGCAGUUCCUCAGCAUCCUCCCCGAGGAGAUCCAGAGCUGGGUCUGGGUGCGACACCCCCAGUCCUGCGCCCAAGCGGUGGCCUUGGCCGAGAGGUUCCAGCUGGGAGGCGGGGAGGAAGGCGAGGAGGUGUGGGAGCAGCAGGUGACGGUUCGGGUGAAGGUGGAGGAGGUGGCCCUGGGGGACACUGAGGCCCCUGAAGUGGUGGGGGACCCACUGAACCCUCCCUUGGAGUCCCCCCAGCUGCCCCCCGGGGCUGGCUGGCAGGAGGAGGUGGCCCGGGGCAAGACGAAGGUUGUCCCCGAGGAAGAGGAGCGACACCUGCAGGAACCGGCAGGUCCCACCAUGGUGAGCAGAGACCCAGAGGCGUCCAUUUUGCAACAGCAGGACCCCCCAUGCCCACCCAGGACUCUCCAGAGUGUCCCAAUGGCCAGGACCCCUGCCCGGAGAGGGACCCACCGACGACACAUCCCACGGGAUGCCACCACUGUCCCACAGCCCCUCACCCAGGCUCUGCCCGGCCCGAUGGAGGACACCAAGAACCUGGAGAAGCCCUGGGUGAAACGGGAGCUGUCGGCACCAGGGAAGGACCGUCCGUACCCCUGCAGUGAGUGCGGCAAGAGCUUCGGCCGGUUGACCCACCUGAAGACCCACCAGAGGACCCACACGGGGGUGAAGCCCUACGCCUGCGGGGCUUGCGGCAAGAGCUUCGGCCACCUCUCCACCCUCACCACCCACCAGCGGCUCCACACGGGCGAGCGGCCCUACGCCUGCGGCUCCUGCGGCAAGAGCUUCGGCCACCUCUCCACCCUCACCACCCACCAGCGGCUCCACACGGGCGAGCGGCCCUACGCCUGCGGCUCCUGCGGCAAGACCUUCACCAACCCCUCAGACCUCAACAAGCACCAACGCUCGCACACGGGGGAGAGGCCCUACCCCUGUCCCGCCUGCGGCAAACGCUUCAGCCAGCAGUCCAACCUCACCAUGCACCGGCGCAGCCACACCGAGGAGCGGCCCUACCCCUGCGGCGCCUGCGGCAAGAGCUUCAAGUACUUGGCUGACCUGACGGUCCACCAGCGCUCGCACACGGGGGAGAGACCUUUCCCCUGUCCCCACUGCGGCAAGAGCUUCAGCAACAAGUCCUCCCUCGCCCGCCACACACGGAUCCACGCCCGGGCGGCCACCAGGGACAAGUGAUGGGGUUUGGUGGUGGGGCGGGGAGGAGGAAGGUUGGUAGGGCUUCAUCCUGGUAGGAGAGGUAGGGAUGGGUGACCACUGUGGAGAACAGUUGAGGUUGGGUGGGUGAGGUGGGAGCUGGUGGCUGUCCCCGAUUUCUGGUGCCAGCUGCUGGGGAUGGACCAAGGAACCCAGAGGAGAUGCAACAUGGAUGAGGAGGGAUGAUUGAUUUCCCCCAAGAGCCUGGUGGCUCCAGGAUGCAGCUCCCUAGUCCCAGAGGAGAUGCAACGUGGCUGAUGACGAAUUAAAGCUGAUGAUCAAUCACCAUGAGCCUGGUGGCUCCAGGACAGUGUCCCAAAGGAGAUGUAACGUGUAUGGUGAUGAAGAUGAACUGGUGAUUGAUUUCCCCCGUGAGGCUGGUGGCUCCAGGAUGCAGCUCCCUGGUCCCAGAGGAGAUGCAACGUGGCUGGUGGCGAAUUAAAGCUGAUGAUCAAUGACCACCAUGAGCCUCGUGGCUCCAGGACCCAAAGGAGAUGUAACAUGGAUAGGGAUGAAGAUGAACUGGUGAUUGAUGUCCCCCAUGAGGCUGGUGGCUCCAGGACAGUGUCCCAAAGGAGACGUAAUGUGUAUGAUGAUGAAGAUGACCUGGUGAUUGAUAUCCCCCAUGAGGCUGGUGGCUCCAGGACAGUGUCCCAAAGGAGAUGUAACGUGUAUGGUGAUGAAGAUGAACUGGUGAUUGAUUUCCCCCGUGAGGCUGGUGGCUCCAGGAUGCAGCUCCCUGGUCCCAGAGGAGAUGCAACGUGGCUGGUGGCGAAUUAAAGCUGAUGAUCAAUGACCACCAUGAGCCUCGUGGCUCCAGGACCCAAAGGAGAUGUAACAUGGAUAGGGAUGAAGAUGAACUGGUGAUUGAUGUCCCCCAUGAGGCUGGUGGCUCCAGGACAGUGUCCCAAAGGAGACGUAAUGUGUAUGAUGAUGAAGAUGACCUGGUGAUUGAUAUCCCCCAUGAGGCUGGUGG